AUGUUGAAUCCAAAUGUGUUUGCCAAAUAUUUAAGAAAUGCAAACGCAGAUUUCUUUCUUUCUUUCUUUCUUUCUUCAUUGAUAGAUAUUUUUCAUUUUUUAUUCAAGUUUCUUUUCUUCUUAUUGUUUUAUUCAUGUUUCUUUUCCUUUUCUAUUCUUUUCGUCUCAUUAUAUUCCGCUCCCUUAUUUUCUUUAUUCCAUCUUUCUAACAGGUCCACUUUUCAGCCAUACACCCUACUCUGUUUCUUUCCAUUUAUGCCGCUUAUUUUUAUAUGUCAUUUCUUUCUUUCUUUCUUUCUUUUUUCUUUCUUUCUUUCUUUCUUUGUUUUCAAGACCGUUACCUUUUUCAUUCUUUGCACCCUCCUCUUUUCUUUGACUCUCUUUUUCUUUCUUUUGCACCUCCUCUUUUCUUUAACUCUCUUUUUUUUCUUUUGCACCCUCCUCUUUUCUUUGACUCUCUUUUUCUUUCUUUGCACCCUCCUCUUUUCUUUAACUCUCUUUUUCUUUCUUUGCACCCUCCUCUUUUCUUUGACUCUCUUUUUCUUUCUUUGCACCCUCCUCUUUUCUUUAACUCUUUUUUCUUUCUUUGCUCCCUCCUCUUUUCUUUGA